AUGAAAUCGUCCGAAGUGAGGACCAUAGUCGGGAUCUUAGGAAAUGUGAUCUCAUGCUUCCUCUUCCUUUCCCCAGUGCCAACCUUCGUGAACAUAUGGAGGGCAAAAUCGGUGCAGGCGUUCAAGCCAGAUGUAUACAUUGCGACAAUACUCAAUUGCGCCGUGUGGGUGCUUUAUGGUCUGCCCUUUGUGCAUCCCGAUAGUGUCCUUGUCAUUACAAUUAACGCCAUCGGAUUAGUCAUUGAAUCUACAUAUCUCAUCAUUUUCUUCAUCUACUCCGACAUGCCAAAACGUAGGAAGAUUGUUAUCGCGCUCAUAAUUGAGUUGAUAUUUGUGGCUGCCAUAGCCGUGAUAACGAUGCUUUGCCUUCACACGACAAAAAAUAGGUCUAUGCUGGUUGGAAUUUUGUGCAUCAUUUUAAACGUCGUGAUGUAUGUUUCGCCUCUCACAGUCAUGAAACGAGUUAUCAAGACAAAAAGCGUGAAAUACAUGCCAUUUUAUUUGUCACUCGCCAAUCUCCUAAAUGGCAUUGUUUGGACCAUUUACGCCUUCCUCAAGUUCGAUCCUUUCAUCCUGGUUCCAAAUGGUUUGGGAACCAUUUCUGGAUUAGUACAAUUGGUGCUCUAUGGAAUUUAUUACAAGACAACAAAAUGGGACGACGACAGAUCCAGCACUCAGUCGAGUGUCGAACUCCAACCCUAA